UGGUCACCGGGUCGAAUGGAGGCUUCUUCUCCUUAUUCCUCAUCAUUACCCUCACAACUACAACGGUGGUAAUCUAAAGGGCCAAUAAAGGCAUAAUAUCAUGUAUCACUCUUCAGCUGUAUGGAAAAAGCAGUAAGGGAUUCCUUUCGAUUCAGCUCCGACUGUGCAGGGAUCAAUGCACACAAUGUUACUGCAUCUUUAUCGAUAGCAUCCACAAUUCGAUAAGGUCUCACUGAACUUGGCUGAGAUGAUUCAAAGAACCCAACUCCAUGAGAAAACUAUUUCAGAGUGACCUUCCAAAGUAAGUUAGGGAUACUUCUCCAAUAAUGUUUGACCGUAUCUCGGAUUCAUAGGGAGCCACUGGGAGCCAGCGAAAAUUCUGCAACACAAUCGUAGGGCUUUAAGCAAACGACAAUUCGUGUUGGCUAUUGCCUAUUUAUUAAUUCUCAGAUCCUGUCCAGUUGCCAGCGUUGGAGCAACCCAAUAAUCAAAAUGGCUUUCACAAUGCACUCCCAUUCGGGGCAGUUCUGCCCUGGGCAUGCCAAAGACCAGCUGGAGGAUAUCAUCAAGCACGCCAUCAGUCUAGGCUUCACGACGAUGGGGCUCACCGAGCAUAUGCCACGAACGGGAUUGGACGACCUUUAUCCUGAAGAGCUCGACAACCCAGAGCAGUCCCUUGCCGAACUGGGUCCUCGGCAUGAGGCAUACCUGGUCGAAGCGCAACGACUACAGGCCGCCUAUGCGUCGGAGAUCCACCUCCUGAUAGGCUUUGAGGGAGAAUGGUUGCGUCCUAGCUACGGUCCACUCAUCAAAUCCUUGGCCUCUCACCCUUGCAUCGACUACUUCAUGGGCUCGCUCCACCACGUGAAUGCCAUACCCAUUGACUUUGAUUCGGCGUAUUACCAGAAAGCGGUGGAAUCCGCCGGCGGCACAGAGGAGCGGCUCUACGAAAAGUAUUACGAUGAGCAGUUUGAGAUGCUCGAGGCUCUGAAGCCAAGAGUCGUGGGUCACUUUGAUCUAUGCCGGUUACUGAGCGCGGAACCAGGUCGAGAUGUGAGGGAGUGGAAGGGGGUCUGGGAGAGGAUAGUGAGGAACUUGCAGUUUGUGGCCGAGUAUGGAGGUUGGCUGGAAUGCAACAGCAGUGCGUUAAGAAAGGGGCUUGUGGAGCCCUAUCCAUGCCGUGCCAUUGCGGAGGAGUGGUUGAGCCGAGGAGGCAAGUUCACUCUUUCAGAUGAUAGUCAUGGCAUCGCCCAGGUGGCAACGAAUUACAAAAGAGCACUGGAAUACCUCGAGAGCCUCGGAGUUUCUACCCUCAUGACACUAGAGAGAAUCCCACCUACAGGAGUGGCUCAUGAGAACAAGGCAACACUGGUCACAAAGGAGGUGCCAGUCAGCACUGUGAAGAGAUGCUUUGAAUAGAUGGAUAAAUGCAUAGAUUUCUGAUAUCGUUCUGUCCUAGAUGCCCUAGCUGCUCAAGUAAGCAACCCCCAAAUCAAUGAUAGAAUCACUUUCCUGUUC